CCGACCCAACAAGCCACAUAAUUCAUGCACUUGCCUCUCCUCCCGCUCCACGCCUCUCCCGCGCUGCUCGCCUCCUCCUCGCCAGAGGCGGAGACGGCCCGCUGGAUGGUCGCACGCUCCGACUGGGGCUACGUCACGACGCUAACGGACGGCGCGCCGAGCGCAGCGGUGCUGUCGCUCUCCGACUCGGCGUGCAGUGACGCUGCGUGCCACUCUGGCCGGCUCUUCUUUUACAUCGCAACCUCCGUCGCAGCAUCGCAACCGGGCGCCUCCUCUCUCGCCGACGCGGACUCGGGCUGCAACGCCUCUCUCACCCUCUCACAAGCCGCCCUAAACCGCUCAACGGGCUGCGAGGCGGCGGCGCUGGACCCGGAGGACCCGCGCUGCACCAAACUGACGCUCUCGGGGAGACUGGCGCGGACGCAGGGCCCGGCCACUGCCCUCGGCCGGGCGGCGCUCUUUGCCCGCCACCCGCAGAUGCGGCGCUGGCCCGCCUCGCACGGCUUCGAGGUCUUCGAGCUCCGUCCGGCCGACGUCUGGAUGAUCGACUUUUACGGCGGAGGGGCGCACAUCCCGCCCGGGGAGUACUACGCCGCCACGCCGCGCCACAACGUGCCCCCUUCCGCCGCCAGCACCGCCGCCACCGCCGCCACCACUGCCACCGCCGCCGCCGCCACCGCCCCGCCGCCGGCGCGGAACCGCUCCUCCGCUUCGCUUGCCCGCUGGCUCGUGUACCACUCCGGCUGGUCCUCGCUCGGGACCGUGUCCGUGCGGCUCGGAGGGAGGCCAUGGAGCAACGUGCGGUCGGUCGCGGACGGCCUCGGCGCCAACUCGACUGGCAAGCCGGUCCUCUACCUCCCCUUCCCGGACCCGUCGUACAGAGACAUCGAGGCGGAGCCGCGCGCGAGCCUCUCCUUCUCGCAGGCGUCGCUGGCCGGAGCCGCGCCCGGGCGGGCCGGCGGGCAGGCCUCCCCUCCACCGCCGACCUGCGGCGGGGUCGACCCCGAGGACCCAACCUGCGCGCGCCUGCACCUCUCCGGCACGCUGCGGCCACUGACCACGAAGGCCGACGCGCGCUUCUGCGCCCGCCACCCGCACGCGCGUUGGCUCUGCGAGGGAGGCGCGCACACGGGCGGCCGCUACUACGCCAUCGAGCCGACCAGCCUCGUCUUCUUCGACGACUACGGCGGCGCCGCCGCCCUGAGUGUCGCCGAGUACCUCGCCGCCUCGCCGCUCGGCCUGCCUGCGCCGCGGCCGCGAGUUGCGGCGGCGUACCAGCGCGUGCGCCUCGAGAACGAGUACUACACGACGCUGCUUCAGCUUGCCGAGCCGACCCGCGCGGGCGCGGCAGGAGGCGGUGCUGUGCUGCGUCGAGGGAAGCGCGCGAGCGGCGAGGGCAUCGUCUCGCCCGACGCGUCCACCAAGCGCGCCCGCGCGACGCAGUCCAGCCCUCUCCGCGACGUCGGCCCCUUCCAAGCCAACGGCUCGCUCCUCCUUGGCGGCUGGCCGGGGGCGCAGCAGCAACAGCAGCAGCAGCAGCAGCAGCAGCCCAUCGUUGAGCAUGUGGUCUCGAUGGAGGCGUGACGCGCCGCCCUCCGCUCCGCCCUGCAGCGGGCAGGCGCGGCCCGGGUGAGGGGAAGAUCCACAGCCGCGCUCCCGCCUGGAGGGACGCGUGUCCAGUGUUGCCAUGUAUUUAUCGAACGGGGACGGCCCCAGGGCGGGUGUCCCAUCGUCGGGAGGGCGGGGUCGGGAGGUCCGGACCGGGGGCCGGCAAGGAGCCUAACGUCUGUCUCCCGUCUCCGCUCCGCUGUUUGGCGCCUGCUGCCUGUGGCCCCGCGCGCCUCGUCCGCCGUCGUGACUGUCACACCACACACGCUCAGCUUCGCAUACGUUAUUUAUUGUCUCAACACAUCCAAACCAAGGAAAAA